UAUUUGAGUAUAUAAACCUUGAGCUUCACAAAAGUUGUGAAAAAAACAUGGCUUCAACAUUGGAAAUUCAUCAAUCAUGUUAUAAUUCAAUGAAACAAGAUGAUUCAGAUUUCAAUUUAACAGAAUGGGGAAUGAGAGGAAGAAUGAUAAGUAGAGAGAACACAAAAUCAAGAAGAUAUUCAGCAUCAAUUAUAAGAAGCAUUAGAGAAGACACAGAUUCUUUUAGAUCAAACAUAACCAUUUCUAGCACUGCUUCUUCUCCUGGUUACACAUUAAAAGAUGAAAUAGAUCCUUCAACCUAUUCUUUCACCACCGCUCUUAAAGCAUUGCAAGCAAGAUCAGUUUAUAAAAGUUGGGAGUGUUUAUCACCAGAUGGAUUUGCAUUGAAUUCAAAAUGGAAUGAAGCUGAAAAAUAUAUAUGCAACCCUUUAUCAGGAGAAGUACCAAUGGAAUGUUUAUCUGCAAAAACACUCAGUGGAAGGUUAUUUCAAAACUCAACUACAAAUAGAAUCACCAUGUCUGCUCCACUAGUUUAUUCAUCGAGACAAAUUCAAACAAGAACAAUAGCUUCAACUUUUAGUUUCACUAAAGAGGAUGUAGCUCUUCAAUUUCAUAGUCCUGAUCAGAAGUUCGAAUUCAAACCCGAGAAUACAAAAGACAAGAAAAAGGAAGGAAUGACAAGAGAUGCAUACACUCAAAGUAGUACAUUUCCUUCUCUUAGUUCAAGCAAUCUUAGCACUAUUUUAACUCCAUCCAUCAUAGAGAUUUCCACAAAGCUAUCUCAAGACUCACUAAAUUCAGAAGAUAAUAAAACUAAAUUAGAGAAAGAGGUAGAAGGGAAGGACAAAGAAAUAUGGGAAACAAGAGAAGAAAAAGAGAGAGGGAUGCAUGAAUAUAAGAGGAAAGAGGAACAACUUUGUAAGCUUGGUGGUUGCUUUUCAUGGAUAAAGAAGAAUAAGAGAAGAGAGAAAGAAAGACAAAAAAGGAAUAAUGGCUUAUUUUUAAUCAAUUGAAUGUUUGCUAAAAAGGCCUAAAAAUUAAGAAAAUAUAGGAUGGUGGUGAGAGUUAGGGGAAUCUUUUUUGUACUCUCUUUAGCAAUUUUGAAGUGCAUUAAUUAUUACUUGAAAUAGAAAAGUGUGAAACAAUUGUAAGUGUGUGUAGAUAUACAUUUUUAUGUUCCUCUCAUGUUAUGCAAAUUAAUGUUAUGCUAUGUUGUUUGUCA